AUGGCAGAUUAUGAUCAAGAGAAUGUGGAAGUCUGUAAAGAUGUUGUCAAGACAAAAGAGGGAAUUAGUUGUUUAGCACUUUACCACUCCUCUGUUGGCAGGUUCCCUAAUGCACUGGGGGCUUUGAUUUACCCUGUGCAUGGUCAAGGGGAACUCCCACAAGUGUUUUGCCGCCAUGCUGCUGUCAAAGGCUCUCUGUAUGUUCUGCGAAUGGCUGUGAAUGCUCUGCUUAUAGACAAGGCCAGUAACAGUUGUAAAGGGGUUAAGAUAGCUUCUGGUCUGGAGCUAUCCAGCCAUCAGCUCUGUAUCCUGAACAGGUGA